UUUAAAUGUUAGUUGUUUUAAUUAAAUUAUUGAUCUGAUUUUCAAAAUAGUUUCUGGCAUUUUAUUCGGUGAUGUGUGUUAAGGCCUGUUGGGUUAUUUAUUGCGUGUGCUGCUAAACAUUGACAGUCGUUUGGUGAAACGUGUGUCGUCUGCUUGUUGAAAGUUUGACAACAUGACUAUGUGGAUACUAGCAACGAGUGGAUAAAGACAUGUGUGGAUUUAACACAGACUGGAUACGAAGUUGUCAAACAACAGGAUAUAAUCUAUUCAAUUCCAGUUAGAAACUUCAAGAAAUUGUCCAGAGCUAGUAAAUACUGAUUUUAUGCAAGGAACUGUCAAGUCAAAGUCUUUAUACACGAUUGAGAAUAAUUGUAAUAUUUGUGUUGUUGUUUUAAAAAAAAAAUUGGAAUAAUUCAAGGCAGAAAUUUGGAAAAUAAGUUGUCUCGUUCAUGGACCAAGAAGACAUAGGGCACAAUGGCGUGAAUUCAUCCAACGGUAAAAUGUCUUCCAAGAAAGAGAAAAAAACAGCCAAGGUGAAGGGUGGAGGAGCUGUGAAGGUCAAGGACGGACUGGUCAGAUCUGUUAGCCAGUCAAUAGAUCAGAGAAAUGCUAUCUACGGGAAAAGCUCCAAAUUGAUCAGAAUUGAGGUCAGCCGGGCGGGCAUACUGUCCCGUGCCUCGUUCUGGUGGAUGUGGACCAUAAUGCUCAGCUUGUACAGACGAGGCAUCAACCGAUUGUUUACCUUCCGGUUCAUGGACGAGGACACAGCGGAAACAAAUGUCCAGCUUCUGGAAAAAGCUUGGGAGGAAGAACUAAGGACAGAAAAAUGUCAAACUGACAUGUCGCUGAGCCGGGCCAUGAGGCGGGCCUUUAAAAAACAUUUACUGCGGGCCGUGUUCGUCAUCUCAGUCACAUUCUCAUUCUCAUUCCUGGGAUCCGCGUGCAUACUUCGUUUGCUGUUGGACCACAUCUCGUCUGUUGACCCAGAUCUGCAGACGGGGCUCAUAAUAGUUGUCGCCCUUAUUUUGUGCGAGUUUUGUCGUUCUUUUACUUUCUCGCUGUCGUGGAGUUUAAAUUAUUUGAAUGGUAUGCGAGGUCGGGCAGCUGCAAUGGGUUUGUUAUACAAGAAAAUACUCAAUUUGAGAAGUCUUCAAGAUAAAAAGAUAGGGGAGCUAGUCAAUAUGUUCAGCCAUGACAGCCAGAGAAUCUUUGAAGCGAUGGUCAAUGGACCUUUUGUCAUAGGAGGGCCGUUUGUGUUCUUGGCUGGUUCCAUUUACCUGGGUGUUCUCAUGGGAGUUUGGGCUUUAGUGGGCAUUGGCACUUACAUUCUUGUUUUUCUUGUUAUGAAAUUUUUGAAUGAUGGCAUUGAACAUUUUCGCAAGCAAGCUGUCUCUUUAACUGGCCAGAGAGUUGGGUUAAUGACAGAAAUUUUGACUUGUAUGAAAUUAAUUAAAAUGAAUGGAUGGGAGAGAGCAUUCAUCAACAGAGUAACAGAGAGACGACAGAAAGAAAGUAAGGCUUUAGAAGGUGGUGCUCUGCUGAAGAGUGUUGUGACAUCUCUAGCACCAAUGAUUCCUGUCAUAGCCUCUGUCUUCAUGUUUCUGGGGUAUAUUUUGUCAGGCAAUCACUUAACUGCAGCCAGGGCUUUUACUGUUAUAUCAGUGUUUUACUCAAUGAGUUUCACCCUUGUCACAUCACUGUACGGAGUGCAAACACUCAUUGAUGUUUCUGUGGCUAUGUCCAGGUAUAAGGAAAUUCUGCUUAUGCCAGAAAAAACUUCUUAUGACAAGCCAAAAGAUGGAGAUGUUUCUGUGGAAAUUAGUCUGGCAACUUUAACCUGGGAAACAGAAGAAGAAGGAGAUUGUGAAGCAACAGACGAAGACAGUAUUAUUGCAGGUUUGAAAUCAACUGAGAUUAAAACGCUAUCAACAACAACCGCAACAAAAUCAAGCUACACCAAACACUCAGCCUCUAAAGAUGCCGCACCACAUUUAGAUUCUGUUGAGAGUUCCGCCAUUCUGUUACCUAAAAAUGAAAAUAGUACAGACACAGAAGGAAACACAUCACUGUUGCCAGCAUUACAGGAGAUUGAUAUUUGUGUGAAAAAGGGCGAGUUGAUUGGUAUAUGUGGUAUGAAAGGGUGUGGGAAAAGUUCUUUGCUGGCUGCCAUUUUGGGAAGGAUGCAAGUUUUAGAAGGGGAAUUGAAAGUGAAUGGAUCCAUAGCAUUCCUAAGCCAAGACCCGUGGAUUGUCAAUGGCACCGCAAGAGAUAACAUCCUGUUUGGUCUGCCGUAUGAUGCAGUAAAGUAUGACAGAAUAAUAAAAGCAACAAGACUUGAUAAAGACUUUGACACUUUCAGUGCAAGAGAUGAAGUUGAGAUUGGGGAUCGAGGCCUGACACUUUCAGGUGGUCAGAAGCAAAGAAUUUGCCUUGCUCGAGCUAUUUAUAGCGACUCAGACAUUUUGUUGCUUGAUGACCCCCUUUCCACUGUUGAUGUAAACAUGGGCCGCCAUAUUUUUGCUCAUUGCAUCAAAACAAUUCUACAUGAAAAAACAGUUUUCAUGGUCACUCAUCAUUUAGAGUACCUCCCUAAAUGUGACAAGGUCUUAUACAUGCAUGAAGGUCAUGUGGUUUCAUUUGGCAGCCAUGCUGAACUUAUGACACAGAAGAGUCCUUAUGCUGAACUGUUUGUUUUGUAUAAUAACAAAUAUGACAGAAUUCUAAAGGAGAGAAUGUUGUAUAGAGGGGACAAGAAAGAAGUCUCUAUCAACAAUUGA